AUUAAAUAACUUCAAAUGCUAGCGAGUUACAUGCAAUAUUGAAUUAACGCUGAACUUUAUUUUUAGUUUCAUCUCUCAACAGUGUAUAAGUAUGAGAAGCUAAGUAAACAUUAAUUCCAAUUCAGUGUUAAUUAAAUUGAAAGUGUUUAGAGCCGACGUAUAAAAGAAACAUCUGAAAAAUAAUUUUUUAAAGACAACAAUCAUGUGGAACCUCAGUUUAUAUGCUGUUACAUGGAACGUUGGUGAAAAGUACCCGUACUUUAUAACGCUAAAUGAUUUACUAGAUGUUCAUUCAACAUCGAAACAUGAACAUCUCCCCGAUAUUUACAUCGUUGGCCUACAAGAAGUUAGCGCUCGCCCCCAAAAUAUUAUAACAAAUUUAUUUAAAUCUGACCCAUGGGUACAAAAACUCAAAGAACUUUUGCAUCCCCACGGUUAUCUCGUUGCCAAAACUGAACAAAUGCAGGGACUUUUACUUACAAUAUUCGUGAAGAAGAAGCAUUUGUACCACAUCCGGGAGAUUGAAAGUGAAUAUACGAGAACGGGUUUGGGUGGAAUGUGGGGUAAUAAAGGUGGUGUGGUGAUAAGAAUGACGCUUUACGGAUGUUCCGUAUGUAUUGUUAACUCACAUUUAGCUGCCCAUGAUGAAAUGGUUGAUGAAAGAAUAAGCGAUUACCUUCGGAUUAAAGAAGCAACGACGUUUAGUGUAAAACAAACUCCUAACAUUUACGAUCAUGAUUAUGUAUUUUGGAUGGGCGACUUAAACUUUCGACUUUACAAUGAAGAUUCAUCAAAUCUUUCGCCAGAAGAGAUUCGUAAUAUGGUCAAAAAGGAUCAAAUUAGUGAAUUGCUGAAGAAAGAUCAAUUGAUGUUGAUAAUGUGCGAAGGUCGUGCAUUUUCUGAACUUGUUGAACGAGUUCCAGGAUUCCCACCAACAUUUAAAUUUGAAGUUGGCACAAACGAUUAUGAUAUGAAACGAAGGCCAGCGUGGUGCGAUAGAAUUCUUUACAAGGCCAAACAUAAAGUGCUGAAAAAUUGCAGUUUACAACUUGAACAAAUUGGAUAUAAAAGUCAUCCAAGUUACAUGAUAAGUGAUCACAAGCCAGUAUCGAGUGCAUUCCAAAUUCAGGCACCAGAAGAUGAUGUCAGCAACAUGGUCGUCAAAUUUAAACCUUUCACUAUUUGGAACAAUAGUGAAGAUAACGAAGUUGAAUAUAUUCUUCCACCAAACUUUGUUGAUGGCAGUGCUGACUGGAUAGGAAUUUACCCUGAAGAUUAUUCUGGUUUUGACGAAUACCUUGGAUACGAAUACACUGAGACUCAUGGUGACAAGGCUUAUUCAACAGCGCGUACUGUGAAAAUUGAAUUCUCAGCUUCAAUUGACUUGCCAUUAAAGGGAAAGUUUGUUUUUUUGUAUUUCCAAUCAACGGGGUUGCGAGGAUAUUCAAGCAUGUUAGGCACCAGUGAUCCCUUCACCGUCGUCAAACGUUGUCCAACACCGCGACCUGAUGACAUCGAUUAGAUGAAUUAAUUAAAACUAAGAGUUUAUCUCGAGGCCUUUCGAACAACAAACAAACAGACAAACAUUUGCAUUUACUCAACGUCUCUUUACUCGUUUCAAAACAUUUGCCUUUGGUGUCGAACAAAUUAUGAGAGAUUGAAAUAAAUUUAACAAAGCAGAUGAUUGUGUGCAAUUCCAAGAUAUUUUCUUCCUUCAUUUGAUUUUUAAUGUUAGAUAACUAAAAUUAAUCUUUAACUUUGAUUUAUUCAAAUUGUCAUUCGACAUUUCUAACGCUUUAGAUGAAAAAUUCCAUUUGUAUGAACAAAUAAGCUUUUAGUUAUUAUUUAACUUAUAAAAUAUUUAUGAAAUACUUUUCAUUAAACAUGAACAAGAGGUUUAAGUUGUUGUGGCUUAUGUGGAUGAAAGGGAGAAAGAAAGAAAAUAAAUUACAAAAUUUUAGUGUCAACUC